CUGUAAUUUCCGGUCAGGGGGAAUGCAUGUGCAUUUAGUUCUCAUUAAAACUACACAGACUUAUGGUAGCGCUAUUAGAUUUGAUCUAGCCUUUGGUCUCUCUCUCUAGACUGGAGUGAUCCUACAUGGAAGUGAAACUGUGCUCUGUGUCUGCCUCUAUAGGCAGUGAUCCUACCUGGAAGUGAAACUGUGCUCUGUGUCUGCCUCUAUAGGCAGUGGUUGCUAGCAGGGGAAACUGUGCUCUGUGUCUGCCUCUAUAGGCCGUGGUCACUAGCAGGGGAGGACCACAGCAAACUCAGACGUCCCUACUCUACCUAACCUGAACUUGGAGCACAACCAUUCUGGACUAAGGUGUCCAUGGCCCCUAAUGAAGUGUGAAAUCCAAUCACAGUGAUAAUCACACAGGCAGGAAACUCGCUGGAUACUACAGUAGUAUAUGUGAGAUGAAGGCCCAGCGAUGCUGCUGAGAUCCCCUCCGCCUCCUCAUCUCUGACGCCAUCAUGCUGAAGACGGAGGCCUCAGGGGAGAGGAGCAAUCUCCGGAGCGCCUCUCCCCACCGCAACGCCUACAGGACAGAGUUCCAGGCCCUAAAGAAGGCCUUCGACCAGCCAACCCGGCAGGACAGCAAGGAGCCCCAGCUCAAGGACACUGAGCGGGUCACCCAGCGCCGGGGACGACAGUAUGGUGCCCACGUUAGCCGCAUCAAGGACAUGUUCAUGCAGAUGCAGGGCACAGAGAGCUCCAGUACUUCCACCAGGCGGGAAGACCCAUCGCCUCAGAAGAUGACCAAGCCCACCAACUUCAUCAACAAGGUUGAUGGCUCAGUCAUCAAGCUCACGCAGCACCCUAUAGCGGACCGGGCCAGCGCAGGGUCAAAGGUCGUAGAGGCCAGGAAGCUGUUUGAGCAGCAGUCACGUGAUGCGUCCCAAUCGCCUGUCUACUCCUAUGGCCGGGAGAAGAGGGGUUCCCAUGAGCACCUGGAUGACUGGCGAGGGUCGCGCUCCAACAGGGGCAGCACAGACUCCCUGGACUCACAGUGUUCCAGGACGGAAGCCCAGUCGCCCACCGUGAGCCAGCUGAGCGCUGUGUUUGAGAACGUCGACCACCAGGGAGGGGGAGGAGGGGGCCCAUUCCGGCGAGGACGGGCACUCUACUCCCCUGAUAACUUCCACCGGCACGGCGACCUCAGCGAAGAUGACUCGCGCCAAUCCCCGGUGCGUGGUGGAGGGUACAGGAACCGCGUGGGGGGCAAACUUCCCGUGUCCUCAUCCUCAGAAGACCUCCUCAGCCCUAGCCCGCUGUCGGAGACGGUGGAGCUAAAACCCUUCCUGCAUGAGGAGGAGCCCCAGGACAGAGAGGAGACAGCAGGGGAGUUAGGACAGAGGGACAGAGAGAGACAUCCCGUAAGGGCAACCACCAACGGAGGGGAAGUGAACGGAUCGUAUGAGGAGAAGCAGGCGGAGGAAACCGACACCUCCAGAGAGACGUCGGGAGUCUGCACAGACUCAAGGCCCACAAAUGAUGCCACCGUCGGGGACAAGACUUCCGAGGACACCUAUGAUACCCCAGCUACCCCAGCCCAGGAUGAAGCCCAGGAUGAGGCAGACGCCCGUGGGGAGGAGGUGGAGGUGGAGAAUGCCUCCUCCAGGCCCAGGGUCUUUCCAGAAGACCAGGCAGAAGAGCCCAAUGAGGAAUACAGUGGGAACGAGAGGGUGAUUUUUAACGCGGACGGAGACGCUUGCUACCAGGGAUGGGGGGAGAGCUGUACUGACCCUGAGGAUGACCUUUACGGUGAUGAUGACGUCAUCUAUGACCCUGGGAAUGAUCUUACUGAGAUCCCUGGUCUACCAGAGGAAGAGAAGGAGGAUAUCCCUCCGAAGAGGAAACUACGAUUCAGCACCAAACCCAUGAUGGUGUUCAACACCUACUGUAACGAGGACUAUGACAGGAGGAAUGAGGAGGUGGACCCGGUGGCCUCGUCAGCAGAGUACGAGCUGGAGAAGAGGGUGGAGAAACUGGAGCUGUUCCCUGUAGAGCUGGAGAAAGAUGACGAUGGCCUUGGUAUCAGUAUCAUAGGAAUGGGAGUGGGUGCUGACGCCGGUCUGGAGAAACUUGGCAUCUUCGUCAAGACUGUCAUCGAGGGCGGGGCAGCUGAGAGAGAUGACAGGAUCAAGGUGAACGACCAGAUCGUGGAGGUGGACGGCACCAGUCUGGUGGGGGUGACACAGAGCUUCGCUGCCUCCGUCCUGAGGAACACCCAGGGAGUGGUUAGGUUUGUGAUUGGUCGAGAGCGUCCGGGUCAGGUGAGCGAGGUGGCUGCUCUGAUCCAACAAACUCUGGAGCAGGAGAGGAGACAGAGAGAGUUGCUGGAGCAGCAGUAUGCCCAGUAUGACGCUGAUGACGAUGAGACUGGGGAGUACGCCACUGAUGAGGAGGAGGAGGCGGGGCCGGCCGCAGACGGUGGGGGGGAAGAGGAAGGUGACGGGGAGAAGAGCAUCGAGGUGUUCGAUUUGCCAGAAACAGAUGACAUCAUUUCCCCUUCAGAGUUGGACGCUACCAAACUCUACCAGACAUUCAGAGAGCUGCAGAUCAAGCACACUGUCACCGAGGCAGAGAUACAGAAGCUCAAAAACAAGCUUGCUGUGGUGGAGAGGGAGAAGGCGCGCUGGGAGAAGGAGAAGAGCCAGCUGAAGGCCAGCAUGGAGGAGAACAAGGAGAGGAUGCUGAAGCUGGAGAGUUACUGGAUCGAGGCCCAGACCCUGUGCCACACUGUCAACGAGCACCUGAAGGAGGCCCAGUUCCAGUACACCACCCUAGAGAAGAAGUACAACAAGGCCAAGAAACUCAUCAAAGACUUCCAGCAGAAAGAGGUGGAGUUUGUCCAGAAGGAGGAAGCAGAGAGGAAGAGGCUGGAGGAUACAGAGAAGGUCCACCUGGAGGAGAUCCAGGGACUGCAAGUCAGGAUUGCAGCCCUGGAGUCUGAGCUGAUGCAACUGAUGAAACAAAAUGGCAUCCAGAUGAACAACAACAACAACAGCGCCCAACAGCAGAGUCCUGGGAUGGCCGGCCCUGCAAGAGAGCUGAGUGAGGUGGUUCCCCACGCUGGAAGUAGACAGAGACUCUCCAGAGGACUACUACAGGACAGCAUCAGCUCUACAGAGGGAGAGGCAUUAGAGGGCCCUGGCAAUACUCGUUCAUCCAUGCGGAGUGCAGCCUCCAGUACUGUGGAUGAAUGCAGAGCCUCCAGGGCCCCUGGCAGUGCUGAGGGCUCCCCCAGACACACCCUCCUCCAGCAGGCAGCAGACAACACCGGGUCUCAGUCUCCUGUAGUGUCCAGCCCCUCUCUCAGCCUGGACGAGAAGAUCACCAGGAGCGGUCUGGACCCACUGACACGAAGCAAAGGGAAGGACCCUAGAAGCUCACCAGGAAACAGUUCUACAGAGCCCUCCGCUGAGAAUAGCCCAGAGAGGCUCAAGGCCAAGGGUCCUGUGAUGAAGGAUGAUCUGAGUGUCAGCAGUAGCAGCUCAGUGGAGGUCAGUGGUCUGCUGACUGAAGCCAAGAUGUCCGGUCGCUCACACACCCUGGUGCUCUCCUCAGACGAGAGUCUGGAUAUGAUAGAUGAGGAGAUCCUAGAUGGGGGCCAGUGCCCCAAGCAGCACCAGUGGCAGAACCUCAUUGUGACAGAGUGGACCUCCCAGCAGGUGUCCCGCUGGCUCAUGGGACUAAACCUGGAGCAGUACAUCCCAGAUUUCAUGGCCAAGAACGUAGACGGAGACCAGCUACUGCAGCUGGACAGUACUGAGCUCAAGACCCUUGGCGUUGCCUCCUCCCAGGACCGGGCUCUGAUCAAGAAGAAGGCAAAAGACCUCAAGGUCCUGAUGGAGAAGGCUCGGAGGAACCGGGAGAAACUGGACAAACAGCGAGAGAAGCUCCGUAAGAAAGAGCUGGAGCAGCAACAGAAACAGGCCCACAAACCCAGCAGCAAGGGCCACUCCGAGACAGCAGAAGGCGCAGCAAAGUAACCCACGGCUUUAAGACCUACCUCUCCUUGUCUGUCUACCAACAACCACUACAAAGUAGCAUCUCCAGGGAUAGAAACAGUCACCAGAACCACUGAGCUAAAAUACCAGAUGUAUUAUGUGAUAUGUCAAUUGAUAUAACCAGAGAUACUUUUAAGGAGGAGAUGGGGAAACUCCAAUGGAAUCGUAUUAAUGCUCAUUGUGUACGUUGCCCAUGUGUCGUCAAUGGGCCCGCGGUGCAUUCUCGGGGCGAUUCUGGGACAAGGAGAGCUCAAAAACCCAACAUUAGAAAUCUUUUCCCGAGAUGUGAGAUAAUGAACUUGUUCUGUGUAAUAUCGUAUAGCUUUGGAAUCGUGACAUUACCUACUUUUGAGGAAGAUAGGCAGGUUUCUCGAUUCAUACCCUGACUUUGAGAAUUGCGUGACGAUUUGCUUAGCAACAGCGUGAUGCAGCAUGACAACGUGAAUGUGAUUGGUUAACAGUCUGCUGUUAUACAUUCCUCCAUUCAUAGCCCAAUGCGAUUCCCAUCUCCUCCUUUCUGUAAUAUCUCUAGUAUAACACCUAACAGGGCUUGAGUUCAGGCUGUGGAGUUCAGUGCACUACUAUUGGAGGCUGUAGCGCUGGAGGCCGUCACGCUACUGUACCACCGAACAAAUACCAAAAUGACCAGACAGUUGGAUAGUAAAGAUGCUGCCCACCCACCUGCCUACCUUUCAUCUCAUUGUACAUCCUCGUAGUGCAGCGUUUCCCAAACUCAGUCCUACGGAUCCCACGGUGUGCACAUUUUGUUUUUUGCCCUAACACUACACAGCUGAUUCCAAUGAUCAAAGCUUGAUGAUUAGUUGAAACCAAAACGUGCACCCCUUGGGGUCCUGAGGACCAUGUUUUGGAAACCCUGUCAUAGUGUUUCCAAACCUCCACCUCCAUUACAUAUUAUUUAUUUUGCUGUAAUUCAGGUUUAUUUAUUCAUUCGGAAAACAGAAACCCCCAAAUAUAUCAGCUUCACACCCGUCUGUGUUCCUCCUCUUUUUAUGAUGUGUUAUAUAAAACACCUUUAGACAUCAUGACAAUGUACAUAUAUGAUCAUAUAGAGAAGUCUAAUGUGCCAUUUUUUAUCAAAUGAACAUGUGUAUUCUGUGCAGAUAGAUCGAUGGAUUUAUGGAAUCUGAAUCUUCCCAUCAUAGUUCUGAUGAAGCACAUACUCUACAAAUGACCUGUGUAAGGGAUAGUGAAUGCAAUACCCAGAUCUCACCACUAGGUGGGGCAACCAACACCUAGAUCUCACCGCUAGGGGUCAGGGCUGUGUGGUGGAUGAUGGGGCAAUUCCCAGAUCGUACCACUUGGUGGGGCAAUACCUAGAUCUCAACACUAGGGGUCAGGGCUGUGUGGUGGAUGGUGAGGCAAUGCCCAGAUUUAACCACUAGGUGGGGCAAUACCUAGAUCUCACCAUUAGGGGUCAGGUCUGUGUAGUGGAUGGUGGGGCAAUAUCCAGAUCUCACCACUCUAGGGGUCAGGCCUGCUCCUUGACUCCUACUACUUGAGAAUGAUGGCAACACUGGAGCUACUCAAGAGGAACUGAAGUCUAUUGAAUAGACGAGUUUUACUGGAAUAAGAACCAAGUUUGUGGGAGGAAAAAGUAUUUAUACUCCUUACUGGAACUACAAUGGAGAUCUCAACACUGGAAUUCCAACUACUGUAUGAACUAAACUCUUUAGUUUGCUAACAGUAAACUGGCCUCUGCAUCGCAUUAGAGCACUUCACACUAUGAAUGACUAAGGACUUAGUGAGUGGACUGAUUCCUCUUAGUUUGAAGUGAACAGUUCCAUGAAUUUGUAACAUACCAGACCCUGCUCCAAAAACAGGACGAUGACAUUUCAAAGAGAACAUAGUUUCAUCAACCUGUUUUCAACCUCUUUCUGAUACUCUCCAAAUCGGGUUCUCAAAGUGGGGUCGCAGAGGUACAGUAAGGUUUAAGAGGACAGAUCUAAAAUAUAUACAGUACCUGUCAAAAGUUUGGACACACCUACUCAUUCGAGGAUUUUUCUUUAU